GGUGGGCACGUGGAGCAGCUUCUGCGUGGGUGCAAUGUGUCUCCUCGGGGCUUUGGGCUGCCCGGGGUUUGUCUUUCUCGGGCGGGAGGUGCCCCAUGCUGACAGCUCCACAUGGACAUCCCUGGCUGUGUCUCCAGCACGGGAGGCAGGUGCAGCCCCCUCCUCAUUUCUGCCUGACCACUGAGCGGGUGGUGGGAUGGGGAAGGAGACAUGGCGGGGAGAAUGCUCCGGCUGUGGCCAGGGCUCCGGGUGGCCCAGGGUGGCCAAAACGCGCCCAGUGCUGUGCGUAAAUGGUGCUGCAUGGGGCAGAGCGCACUGCGUGGGAUGGAGCGGAGCUGUUUUCCCCUCCCGGAACAGUCCUGCCCGUGAAAUAAAAACCACAUCUUGCAAAUGAAGUGAUUACUUCUGCUUUCCUACAAAUCAAGAAGUUCCUCCACCUGACGUGCCCUGGGACGCAAGCCGUCACCUGACGGCGGGCAGCAGAGGACCCGAGGUGCCGUGGGUGCCGCAUGGCGCACAGCGUGCUCUACGCCGACCUGCGCUUCGCCAAGGGGCCGUGGGGCUGCGGCACGGCCAGCGGGGCGCUGGGGGAAGGUGGGAGCCGCGGGACCCCCGCAUUGCCCCGUGCCGGACCCCUGCACACUGCCCCCUGCCUUCCUCCCGCAGCCCCCGGCACGGACGAGGCCGACAGCCCCUACGAGAACGUGGCACCGGGGCCGGCGCCCAUGGGGACGGCUGGGGAAGGGACCCGGCACAGCCCAGGGCGCUGCUCCCGGCGGCGCUGCAUCCCCGCGGGGCUGCUGGCAGCCAGCCUGCUGCUGCUGGUGGCCCUGGUGGCCCUGGGGACCUGCUACUGGCAGGCGACCCGUGAGCUGCGGGACGCGUCCCGGGAGCAGGCGGCCGAGCGCGGCCGCUUCUCGCAGGAGGCGCGGGCGUGGGAGCAGAGCCUGGAGCAGGCGCGCCGGGAGCUGGCGCAGGCGCGCGCGGAGCUGCAGCGAGCGUGGCGAGAGGGCAACAGCAGCCUGCUGGAGCUGGGCAGGCAGGAGGCCGAGCUGGCGCGCGUCUCGGGGGCCCUGGCCGGCGCCGAGAGGGAGCUGCAGGACGUGCAGGGGCGGCUCGAGGCCGGCGAGCGUGCGGCCAGCAGCCUGCGCGCCUGCCUGGACGCAGACUGCUGCCCCCCGGGCUGGCUGCUCUACCACGGCAAGUGCCUCUUCGUCUCGUCGGAGAAGAAGAGCUGGUGGCAAAGCCUGAACGACUGCGAGGCGAGAUCCUCCCAGCUGCUGGUGCACGGCGAGCGGCAGGCAUGGGCGCUGCCGCCUUUCCUGCACGCAGGCGGCACCAAGUACUGGGUCGAGCAGAGGACCAAAAAUCCUUUGUGGAUGGAGAAGCAGUUUGAGAAGUACAAGUGGUCUUUUGAAUGCACACUGGUGGUCUCUGGGAAGGUAGAGCGCACAUACUGCUCCUGGGCUUAUCAUUGGAUCUGCGAGCAGCCCCCAAAGCUGAGCAACCUGUCCGAGAUCUUCUCUCCUCUCCUGGCUGGGGGGUGACCCUGGCACCCCCUCUCUCUGGGGACAUAGGUUGGGAACGAAGGUGUUGGGCAUGUAAAGGAUGACUUGUGGAGAA